CAAAGCCCAGGCUCGAGAUGCGAAGAACGUCGAUGCAAAAUGAUCUCGGCAACCGUUUCCCACGCAGUCCUGCGUUAAUAGCCGGAGCCCCUCAGUGAAGCCUAGACCCUGCUGAGAUCCGAGGCGGAGCCCCGUGUGGCUUCGUCCCCUCACUUGGAGAUUGAAACGCGGAAAUGGGGCUUCGCCAUGGAUGUGUCGCGGAGCUCCUGACGGCCGGGAAAUGUCGGAUCCCUCCCGUGCAGUAAUAGGAAAUGGUCAGGUUGGCGAUGGGCGCCGGGCAGCGGGGCUGUGCGCGACGGCCGUCGGGGUGCCGGGCCAGGUGAGCGGCGGGGACCAUGGACCCCGUGGCCAGCCACAGCUGUCACCUCCUGCAGCAGCUCCACGAGCAGCGGAUUCAGGGCCUUCUCUGCGACUGCAUGCUGGUCGUCAAGGGAGUCUGCUUCAAAGCCCACAAAAACGUCCUCGCCGCCUUCAGCCACUACUUCAGGACCCUGUUUCAGAACUCUCCCGGCCAGAAGAACGACGUCUUUCACCUGGAUAUCAAAAACGUGGGCGGCAUAGGGCAGAUCCUGGACUUCAUGUACACCUCCCACCUCGACCUGACCCAGGACAACGUCCAGGCCGUGCUGGAGAUAGCGCAGUGCCUGCAGGUGCAGAACGUGCUGACCCUGUGCCAGACGUUCGCCCCGGCCGGCGGCCCCCCGGGAGCCCCGCGGCCGGGCCUCCCCCGUCCCGGGGGUCCCGCCCGCCGAGGAGGAGGACGGCGCCGGCCGGGCGGCCGGAGCGGGCAGUCGUCCAAACCCGACGCCCGGAGAGCCCCCCGGCAGCCGCCGGGGGAGACGCCCCCCCGCCCCGCCGCUCCCCCGGCCUCCGUCCCGGAGCCCGGCGACCCCCUGCCCUCCGACGGGGGCGAGCCGGCCCCGCCGCCCGCCCGGCAGAUGAGGCUGAAGAAAGCCGUCCACCUGAAGAAGCUGAAUUUCCUGCGGGCCCAGGAGUCGGCCGGACCCCGGCCGGGGGACGGGGCGGCCGGCGGCCGGGACGCCGCGGAGGGGGAGGAGGAGGCCGGGCCCCGCGGCCCCGACGGGAGAGACGGCGGGGACCCCCCGCGUCCGGGGGGCCCGCGCCGGGCUUCGGCCGAAGGCGCGGGGGACGGCCAGGACGCCGUCCUGCCCGGCGAGCGGACCUCGGCCCCGGCCGCUCAGAGACAGUACACCUGCCAGUUGUGCGGGAAACUUUUCAAGCACCCGAGCAACUUGGAGCUGCACAAACGGUCUCAUACAGGUGAGAAACCUUUUGAAUGUAACAUUUGUGGCAAACAUUUCUCCCAGGCGGGAAACCUACAGACUCACUUACGGCGGCAUUCCGGCGAGAAGCCGUACAUCUGUGAAAUCUGUGGCAAGAGGUUCGCAGCCUCUGGCGACGUGCAGCGGCAUAUUAUCAUUCACUCGGGUGAAAAACCACACUUGUGUGACACCUGCGGGCGAGGGUUUAGCAACUUCAGUAAUUUAAAGGAGCACAAGAAGACCCACAUGGCCGACAAAGUCUUUACCUGCGACGAAUGCGGGAAGUCGUUCAACAUGCAGCGCAAAUUAGUAAAGCACAGGAUCAGGCACACGGGCGAAAGGCCUUACAGCUGCUCUGCCUGUGGGAAGCGGUUCGGGGGCUCCGGGGACCUGCGGCGGCACGUGCGCACGCACACCGGGGAGAAGCCCUACACCUGCGAGAUCUGCAACAAGUGCUUCACGCGCUCCGCCGUGCUGCGGCGGCACAGCAAGAUGCACUGCCAGCCCGGGCCCGGGGGACCCGAGGAGCCCGAGGAGCCCGAGGAACCCGAGGAACCCGAGGACUCGGCCGGCCCCGGGCCCGCCCGGCUUCCCGCCCGGCCCGGUGGGGCCUCGGCCGGCGCUCCCGUACCCGCCUACGGCAAGGUGAGGGGCGCCUUCCAGCAGCGGGGGGGCCCCGGAGAAGCCCAGCUCCGAGCCCACCCCGCCGCCACCCCCUCACCCGCCUUACCCGUAUCCGCGGGGAGAGAGGCCGCGGGCGGCGAGCCUCCGCAGCCGGACGGCCUGUCCGCCGGGCGCUCCUCUCUGCCCGCCCUGGACGGCCCCUGGCCCGACCCGCUGGGCGGGCGGGCCUCCUCGGCGCCCUACAGGGCCGGCGAGGGGCCCUUCUUCUCCAGCAUGACCCUCUGGGGUUUGGCCAUGAAGACCCUGCAGAACGAGAGCGAGUUGGACCAGUGAAGCCCCGUGUCUCGUUUCCCCCGAAUCCCCGACGGCCGGUCAGCUGUCGUGCCCCGCCAACCUCAGGGGGCCGUCUGCCAGUCGGGGGGGAAAG